UUUAAACUUUAGCUGAAGAACUCACUCAUUUUCUGUUCCAAGCUUCUUUUUUUGAAUUUUCUCAACUUUGUAGCCAUGACUCCAAUGGGGUUUCUUGGUUUACUGUUUUUGCUGCUUGCUUUGUACUGUGGGAUAGACCCUUUUAAGAAAAGUGCAAUCUCUGAGUUCCCUGACUUCGAGGCUCACAAGGUGGAUUUGCCUCCAUGGGAACUGGUUCCCACCGAUAGGGACAAGGAUAAUUUGCUUCAGAAAUCGGAGAUUAAGUUCUUGAACCAGGUUCAGGGCCCUGAAAGCAUGACAUUUGACCCUCUUGGUCGUGGCCCUUACACCGGUGUUGCUGAUGGUCGGGUUCUUUUCUGGGAUGGUCAAAACUGGAAGGAUUUUGCUUAUACUUCCAGCAAUAGGUCAGAAAUAUGUAAUCCGAAGCAAUCACCAUUGAGUUACCUACCGAAUGAACAUAUCUGCGGUAGGCCUUUGGGCCUUCGGUUUGAUAAGAACACUGGUGAUUUGUACAUUGCGGAUGCAUAUUUGGGGUUGUUCAAGGUAGGCCCAGAAGGCGGAUUAGCGACAUCGCUUGUAACUGAGGUAGAUGGAGUGCCCCUGAGGUUUACCAAUGACCUUGACAUUGAUGAUGAAGGAAACAUAUAUUUUACUGAUAGCAGCAGCAAAUUCCAGCGAAGGAACUUCAUGCAGCUAGUUUUUUCUUCGGAGAAGAGCGGGAGGCUGCUAAGGUAUAACCUGCACACAAAGGAAACCUCUGUCCUUCAGAGAAAUCUCCAAUUUCCGAAUGGUGUAUCCUUAAGCAAAGAUGGUUCUUUCCUUGUACUUUGUGAAGGAUGUCCGGGAAGAUUACUCAAAUACUGGUUGAAAGGUGAGAAAGCAGGGAGUUCCGAGAUAUUUGCCAUCUUACCAGGAUUCCCGGACAAUGUCCGAACGAACAAAGGAGGUGAAUUUUGGGUAGCAAUUCAUUGUCGCAGGUUCACGUACGCUCAUAUAAUGGGAUUAAAUCCGAACCUCAGGAAAUUCAUUCUCAAGCUCCCCAUAUCUGCGUAUAUCCAAUACCUGCUUCAGAUUGGCGGUAGGCUGCACGGAAUUGUUGUGAAAUACAGUCCGGAAGGAAAGCUGUUGCAGGUCUUGGAGGAUAGUGAAGGGAAGGUCGUGAAGGCAGUUAGCGAAGUUGAAGAGAGGGAUGGCAAGCUCUGGCUAGGUAGUGUUCUUAUGCCCUUUGUGGCAGUUUACAACUUGGCUUGAGCUGAAAGGCAAAGUCUUUGGUAAUAAUAACUUGUCAAAGUUUUUUUCUUUUCUCAAACUAAAUCAUUAAGGUUUCGUUAUGUUCUCAA